AUGUCGGAGCUACCAAAAUUGGAUUUAUCCAUCUUUGGGAUGGUUCAUGAUGGCAUUAACGGUCCCAAGAGGAAUGAAAAACUAACUAUGCUGCCUCACCUGGCUGAUCUAGUCUCUUACAGCAUACAGAAAAUAGUUGGCUUUGCAAAGGCCAUCCCUGGAUUCAGGGAGUUGCUUGCGGAUGACCAAAUUGCCCUUCUGAAGUCAAGUGCAAUUGAAAUUAUUAUGCUACGAUCAAACGAGUCCUUCUCAGUGGAGGAUAUGUCCUGGAAAUGUGGAAAUGAUGAGUUCAAAUAUGAUAUAAAUGACGUGACCAGAACAGGACACAAUAUUCCAGAUGUGGCUGGAAAUAGAGAGGAUUUUAAAGUGAAUAGUGGGGGCAAAGGACCAAAUUUGGGCAGAUGUGAUAAAUCAAAGAGUAGAGCCAAGGCCAAAAACAGAGAUCGUCCCGGAGUACAGAACCGUGUUCAAGUGGAGUGUAUUCAAGAUGGGUUAUCCGAGACUCUACAGUCAUACAUCCGAGCCAAACAUCCUCCUCCAGGUAAUCGGUUAUUGUAUCCGAAGAUGAUCCAGAAGUUGACAGACCUCCGGAGCCUCAGCGAGGAACAUUCCAAACAGUUCCAGUUUCUGACCAUUAAUCCUGAUUGUAACACACAGCUUACACCACUUGUGCUGGAGGUAUUUAGCAAUGAUGUUGAUCAGUGAACCACUUUCUUUUGUUGCCAACGUUUAGGUUCACGCAGGGUAGCAGGCUUGAUGCACACACAGCAUUUCCUUUGAAAAAUUAGGCUUCCAACUAUCAAAUGUGAUGCUAAUGAAGUAAUUUCUGAAUUUUUUGGACCAGUGAUCUAAAGAGAGGAGGAAUGGGGUGGUAAUUGCAGUUUGCAAAAAGAUUUCCACUUGUAUUUUACAAUGUAGCGGUAACAAUGGAAAGUAAAAGUGGUAGUUUCCUCCAUCACUUCAUUUGUACCUGAAACAUGAGAACAAGGGCAGUGAUGGGCAACAUUUUAAGCGUCUAGUGAACACAUUAGAUGAAUAUAAACAAAGUACAUCUGAUCUUUGAAUUCAACACUCAGAAUAGGUGAUGUCACCCAUUAUUGCUCUUAAGUUCCCGUGUUACAGGCAAAUGACCAAUUUUGCCUUUCUCAGCUUUUUUACACUUUUCUUAAUAUUUAUGAAAUGAUUUUAAAUAAUCUGAAAAUGCAAUUGGCAAGGGUGAUGAUUAAAUGUUUUCAGUGGCAGAAAUGCCAGCAAUGUAUAUGCCUAAUGCAGGCACUAAACUACUACAAGAAUCAGGAACAACUUUAGAGUCCUUCGUCUGUUGACGUCCUACUUCCUGCUGCCCUCAAAAAAUAUUCACUGCUUGGUCUGCAAGUGUUCAGGACUUGUUGGUCACUAGAAGUGAUUGACAAGGAUCUGAUGAAUUAGUCAUGAUCAUGACCUGCACAACUGAAGACUUGUAGAUUAAAAUUUGACGAAUGGCAUGUAAUCAGGAAGUUACAGUGACCACCACUCAACUGUGUUCGCACAUGCCCUUUGGGAGUGAGGGCAGUCUUCAGUGGUCUUUUCACAAAACUGUGUAAGCACAUAUUUAUUUCUUGACCUUUUUUUGAAUCAAUUCAUGUUCCAGACCUCUGCAGUGAUGACUGUUGCAACUGGAGUCGCUCACUGGCACCAUUCACAUUAAUUCAUUUAAAAUCUUGUGAUGUAGAUGCAAAGAACUAGAAUUUCUUAACGUAUAAAUAAUUUAGAUUGUCAUUGAAUCUGAUCAUAUAUCACACCUGCUGUGUUGAGCCUUUCUUUUAUUUUCAAGGUUUUUAAUUUGAAAAUUACAAGGUAGAGCUCCUGAUUUGGGAAUUUGUGCAGGGAAUAGUUCGAUCAUAGAAUCUAGGUUUUGUGUUCAAAACCUGGUCUCUGCUGAGUCAGUUGAUCUCAGCCAGUUUGGACGUAAGGGUAUUGCAUUUGAUGUUGGCACUUUUGGAAAGAGAAGGGGGAAAUCAACAGAGGUGCCUGAUCCUGGCCAUUAUACACUCCUGCUGGAAGAGCAUACGUGUUUAUUGGGCAAAGAUGUUUAGCUGUGAUACCAUAAUGGUAGAAUUCCUUGUUAACAUUCACCAUAUAGGUUCCUACCUAAAGAAUAGUUACUUGAAUGAUGAGGUACCUCUAGAAUUGUAUUCCCACACAAGUUAACACCUUCUGAAGAUGGGUGUAAGUUUUUCGAAAAGGGAAAAGAAGAUGCAAGUUGCAUCAUUUCCCUAUACUGUAUUUGGAGAACCCAUUGGUAUGAAAUUGAUUCUCUUAGACAGAUUUUAGAAUGUGUCGGAAAUGCUGCAGUGACAUCAGCCUGACCUGAAGUACAGAUCUCAAUGUCUAUAUAUUGCACAGUAUGCAUACACACCAUCUGUAUACAUCAGUUGUGGUACUUAUGUCUGUGAAUAAUUCACUGUCUAAUCCUUUCUUUUAUUCAACCAGAAUUCAUGUACAGCAGCAGCCAUUUUAUGCACUUAUUCUCUGGAAGCAAGUAACAUUGUUUCAUACUCAGGAAAACCACAUUCCCUUCAGGUUUUAGAAAAAUAGAAAUGUUUAAAACUGCAUUUAAAAAUGUUAGCUGCAUUGACCAGUGUGGUUGUACUAACAUGUAUCCCGGUAUGGUGCUGAAUCCAGAUCUGGGCAGGUUGAAAAUAUACUUCUUUGAUGCCAAUGGUCUCACUUACAAACAGGUUAUAUGGAGCUCUGCAAUUUUACUAAUUGCAAAAGACAAUCCUUCCCAGCUAGUGUCCCUAACUGGUUGAUGCUUAUGUGGAUGUUCUGUACUUGGUGUAAACUCAUAAUUCAUUUCAGAAAGCAAGUUAGAGAAGUGCUGAUUCUUACUGCCUUAAAUGUAUGCAAUAGAUGGAUAAAGGAUUCAGAAGUAAAAUAGAAAAUUGAGUAGCACUUGCAAGUGACAUUCAAGAGAUUGUUUUUACUUGACUAAAUGAACAAACAGCACGUAAAUGGAAAUAAGCCAGUUUUUUUAAAGGAUUAUUGAGAUAAAAAAUUGAGUUGCAUAAGUGUUUCUAAUGUGAGGAGUGCAACCCUGGAGAAGUGAUUAAACAUAGCUGGGUAAAAGCAGAUACUGGUAUGUACAUCACGUUUUUAUUUACACAAAAGUAUACCAUGUUUGUACAGGAUUGCGUCUUUUACAGGGUUCCUACAUUUGUCUGAGUUGUCAGACAAGAGCACUGGCUCCUUUAUCACUAAUGAAGUUUGCCCAAUUGUAUGUUUUGGUGGCUGUUUUAAAAUGGACACUGUUUACUCAGAUUCUAGCACACAAGUGCAGGGAGACCUGCCUGAGCCAUCUACUAGUAGCUGACAAUGUAUGGUAACCUCUCUAUCCAGUCUUGAACCUGGACAUUCUGGGAUGAGAAAAACAAAUUUACCAAAUGGA